AUGUGGUGGUCCUGCUUGGCGUUGCUUCCAUUUGCGGUGGCAUGUCCAGAAGGCUUCCGAGAAUUCAAGGAAGGAUGCUAUAUGUUUACUGAGGAGCAAGGAAGCAUGACGCAAUGUCAGGACCGCAUCUGCACCUCAAAGGGCGCGACCUUGGCCGUGGUGCAUGACGUAGAGGUUCAAUUCUUCCUGUCAAACUUGACCCACGAGUACCAGGCGCCAGCCUUUCUGGGGCUAUUCGAACGGGGCAGCAACGAAAGUGGCGACUGGACCUGGAUCGAUGGAAGCAAUAUGACCUUUGAGACUGAUGUCAACGAAACAGUGAACCCCUUGGCGGGAUGGGCCUUUUCGGAACCUGACAACUGGUGCUUGGACGAAGACUGCGCCGCCCUGGGAGUCGAUUAUAUCGCCAACUAUUCCGAGAUGAAGUUUGGUAUGUUCGCGCAGCUGCUGCGUCCUGCACGGUCGGUGGGAUUCUUCGACAUUUCCUGCAGUACCCAGCUACACUGCCUUUGCCAAACAGGCAAUGUGGUCUCAGAGGAUUUCCUGCUCUGGGAAUUUAACAAUUCAGCGACGCAGGAUGAGAACAGUCUCCAUGUCAACAAGACAUACUGGGAGAACUAUGCCACCUGCUUUCACAAAAGAACACGGUGCUGGUGGUAUACGGACAACAACUUCCAAAUGACCUUCGUUCUCGUCUCCGUUCUCUGCUUGACCGGCAUUGUCUUCAGCAUGACCGGCUGUUCGGGAGGCGUGCAGCGCGAGGUGACCUUAAAUGAUGCCACUGCAGCGUCCAACUACGGACAGUUGUUGGAAGCAUGCGAUCGUCAAAGCGAAGUUGACAGCACGGUGGACAGGUGGAUUGUUCGAGGGGCCUGGGCCUCCAUGCUCUAUGGUGUGAUGUUGGUGUUGUUGUCCUUGACCACCAUGUGUCAUGUGAACUUUGGCAUUUCCUUCGGCUUCGGAGUGGAUGGUUUGGAAGCCUUGGCGCUGAGCUGUUUGCAGAUGCUGCUCUGUGGCACUGCGGUGAUGGUGCAGAGACACCUCUCCAGCAGUUCCAGGUCCGUGGUGCAGUGGUGGGUCCUAGCCUUCGCCAUUGCCAAGCUGGGCAUGGCGCUAGGGGACUUCGUUGUGGCCAUCAUGUACUUCAACCAGACCCUAGGCGGUUUUGUGAAGCAGAAUGCGAGCUUCUGCACCGCCGGCUAUCUUUUUCUUUGGAUGCUAAUGACCUCAAUGCUAUGUCAGACGGUGGCUGGCACUGCCUUUGCCCGAAUUCAUGUGGGUGCAGUGCAACGGAUGGGCGGAAGCCAGCAGGUGUCAAAGGUGAUUGGCUGCUCCGGCCUCAUGCUGAUCAUCUCAACCUUCGGCGCUGGAGUGGGCCUUGGUAUCUGCGGUGCCCUCUUCAUCUUUGAUGACGAGGAUGAUGCCAUUGAUCCGAUGGCUGGCAUAUCCAUUAGCUACUUUGCAGCAGCGCUGUGCCAAUUCCUGGCGGGUGCUGCGUUGCUCCGCGCCAAUUCUCAGGUCCGCACCUACUUCCAGAGGGAUGCCAGUCCUACUGAGCCACGUCGGGUCUCCUCGGGCACGCUGUGCUGCGGUUGCGGACUUCGCGGUCGCGGCGAAUCCGUAAAGGACCCCAUCACUUACUUCGAAGCGAAAGUGCAGAUGCUGGCUUGUGAUAGCCUACUGACCGCUGCAGCAAAAGAUUCCGGUGCUCGCGGAAUGUGGACCAGAUUCAAAUUUAGGACUGAAGGAUGGAUGGAGCUGCAGCCAGCCCAUCUGAGCAUUUUUGGCUUGGAGCAGCAGUCUGUGAAGAGCUGCAGUGAUGCAAACUUGAAGCAAAUCAUGGCAGCAUUGCUACACCAGACUGUUUUGGGACCAAGCAAACAGGCCCGCCGCCGUGCCGAAAAAAAGAGUGCCAGCGCCGCGCCACCGGCGGCCGUGAUGCAGGAUGUGGACCUGGGGCCUUUCACCCUGCAGAUUGAAACCUGGCCCAGCUUUCGCUUGGGCAGCUCUUUGUGGCCCUCGGGCUUUUUGUUGGCUGAAGCACUGGCCACAAGUGCCGUGGCGCUGCCCCGGCCUUUGGCCGGCUCCUCGGUCCUGGAGCUGGGCGCCGGGCCGGGGCUGCCGGGACUGGCGGCGGCCAAGAUGGGCGCCAGGGUUACCUUGACGGACUAUUCCGAGCUGGUCCCUCUGAUGGAGAGAAACAUCCUCCACAACCAGUUGCAAGGCGCCAAAGCCUGCAGCCUCGAUUGGAGCCAAGUAUCUGGGUCGCAGCUCGCCUCGGAACUAAAGCUAGCACCUUUAGAUUUCAUCCUGGCUGCUGAUGUGGUAUACUUUGAAGAACAAGAUCCACUGGUCGAUGCGCUGAAGGAACUCAUGAUGCCCGAGACCACUUUAGUGCUGGCGUAUCGAGAGCGCACGCCUGCAGAUCGGAUCUACUUGGAGGAUGUGAUCCUGCCAAAGAUGCAGGCUACCCGGCUGGACUUUCAGACGCCUGCGCAUGGCUCCUGCGAGAUCUACGACCCUGCCGCGGCGGCUGCGGCGGUUAUGGCGGAGGCUUCGGCGAUUGCGGUGAUGCCUGGAGGCCCCCCGCCGAUGCCGCCUCCGGGACACAUGCCGCAUGGCCCACCCAUGAUGCCGCCCCCGGGGAUGAUGCCUCCGGGGAUGAUGCCGCCACCCGGGGUGCUGCCCCCAGAGAUGCAUGGUAUGCCCAUGCCACCGAUGCCUGAUGGAAUCCCGGAGGGGCCACGGCCAGCCAAGCGCCGGCGGCUAAAGGGCUUGGACGCCAACAGUCUAGAGAAGAUGCUCCGCGGUCUCUACCAAUGCCUUAGGCGCCUGGUGGACGUGCUGCCCGAGAAGACGCCCAAGGAGGCCCCCGUGGAAGCCUUGGAAGAGGACUUCGAGCAAUUUUGGCGCCUGCGCUUUGAUGCUCGUGCCAUGGGGGAGCCAGGCACCGCAGCCUUCUUGCGACGUUUUCCAACUGUCUUUGGUCUCCGCAGCACUGGCUUAUCUGUGAUGGUCUCGCCCAUGGAGGAGCCGAACUUUGACGAAGCGGCUGCUGUGGGCUUGGAAAAAACCAAUGCCGAAACCAAGACCUUCAAGGUGCCGGACGGCUUUGCCCAUGGCCUUGGUGAGCAGGUCAUUGCGGCUUUGGUGAACCUCACAGCAGAGGACCGAAAGCCUGGAAGCGUUCCGCUGAACUGCCAAUACGCCAGUUAUGAGGUGGCACAGGAACUGCUUGGAACUCUGAAGGAAGGCAACCGCGACGAGGAGCAGGAACUUCUAAAAGCUCUUCGCGAUCCCAAGCCUUUGCAGCCCAGAGUGGAAGAUCCCAUUGUUCGCGAGGACCUAGGCCCGCCUCCACACCCGGGACCACCCAGCUUCAACGGGCCGCCUGGACCUCCCCCUCCCCCGGACAAGGGCUUCGGCAAGGGCGGAGGCUUCAGCAAGGGUGGCAGGACUGCUUUGGUCAUUACCAUCCGAGUUCUGGAACUAGCACAAAUAGCCUUCAAAGCCAUGUUCGCGGGAAGGUGUUUGAUGAUCUGUGUCUUUGACCCAAGCAGGUCUGAGAUUUUCCAUGUGAGAUCUGUGAGAUCCCUGCCGCCCGAGGAAAAGAAACAAGAUCCACAAGCCGGUCAAGGAACGCCGUUGUCCACCGCGCUGAAUCUGGCGGCCACGUCCAUGGGCACGGGCCUUCUCACCUUGCCUCAUGUCUUCGCUGGUUGCGGACCCUUAGUCGCCUCGAUCUUGUUGGGCGUGCUGAGCAUCACCACGGACAUUACCUUGGUGUUGCUGGUCAGAAUGGGUCGGAUGUUGAAUGUCAUGACCUUCGGCUCCCUGAUGCGUCGGAUCUUUGGGAAAAGUGGCUCUUUGGUCUUUCAACUGACGCUCAUCUCAGUCUUGUUCUUAGCGCUGACUGCCAUGCAACGCGUGGUGAUGGAUUUGCUUCCCAUCUUCGUGGAAUCCAUUUGUGGUUUGAUUCCUGGCACAGUGAAGCCUCUGGCCCUCAGCAUGUUUGUGAACUUCUUUGUGAUUGCUGCGUGCUUCUCCAAGAAUUACCAUUCCUUGAGGUUUACCUCAGGAGCAGCGCUGCUGUGUCUGCUGCCCUUCGUCCUGUCGCUGUGGUUCAAUGCGGCCACAGCGGUCGAGUCGCCCCGUUCGGUGGCGGAUUCCAUGAGUAGCGAGGGUUUUUUGUUGGCAUCGCCCAUUCUAGCCUCAUCGUUGGCAGGCGGGCAUUUCAGCAUCAUGGAGAUGUCCUCGCAGCUGCAGAGUCGCUAUAAGGAGUCGAUUUAUGGGGUGAUCCACGUGGUCUUUCUGGCGGUGAUUCCCAUCUGCUACGUCUCCGUGUCCUGGGCCGGCGUGGUGCUCUUUGGUGCGGACACGCCGGAGGAUAUUUUGGUGGAAUUCCAGGGAGACUAUGUCAUGGAGGUGGCUCGAGGGAUCCUGAGCUUCACCAACGCGCUGCGGAUGCCGUUGAUUUUGAUGCCCCUCCACACCUUAGUCUGCGAUACCUUGCACAUGCUUACCGUGUCUCAGGGCGCUGGAGCCGCUGGAGCCGCUGGAGCCGCUGGAGCCGCUGGGGCCGCUGGAGCUGCUGGUGAGUCCAGCGCCCUGAACGCCUGGCGCCUGUUCCUGGGGAUGCCUAUGUUGCUGUUGUCCUCAGCGGGCUUGGCCCAGUGGCUCAGUACCCUCUCCAGCAUCCUGGGACUGCUGGGUGGCACUUGUGGAGUAAUUGGAUGCUUCUGUGUGCCGGGUGCAAUGUAUCUGCGGGAUAUUGGGAUGCGUCAAGAUGUCUACAACGAGCUGCUGUGUCACCUAGGAAUCAGACUAGAUCCCUAUGGCUUUGACCAGCGCAUCCAGGGUUACCUGCUUAGCACCAACUCGCGCUUGGUUGGCGAGUACCGCGGUGAGCUUGUCAUUUUGGCUGGGAGGGGUUUCUUUAGUGGCCAUCAAAUGCCUGGCUUGGCGUAUUUCAUCUCAGGAAGCGAGCUCAUCAAGGCCUCGAUCUUUGAAUCCUUGGGCGAUGUGAUGAGUUCUGCCAUCCUGGCCGUGACCCAGAUGAAGGUGCGAGAUGAUCGGGACAUACACCUCUACCCUCGUGGGAAGGGGCGCUUCACGCCUUUGGGCAUCUUGUUCUUCUCGGCUUUCGCAGUCUCGACCAUGAUUGGCCUCAUCAUCGAGAAUCUGGAGAAGCUCUUUGGGUCUUCUGACGAAGAGGAGCGCCGCGAUCUCCUUAGAAAACUCUUUGAGGAGCAGCCAAGGCUGCGCUGGGGCAUGAGAGACGAACAGCUGGAAAAGCUGAUUUCUAGCUAUGGAGAAGAGGAGUCGGGUGGUAUGGAGGGUGCCUUGGUUUGUUUGUUGGUCGCCUGUAUCAUCAUCAAGAGCGGGCUCCUGGUCUUCUGCCUCUAUGCAGCCAGGCGCGGCGAGUCGGAAAUCGCCCGGACGGUGGCCAUGGAUCACCGCAACGAUGUUCUUUGGCCCCGAAAAGUGGAGGGAAUCCUGGGAAACAGCUUGGUGUUGAUCAUCGUGGCUGGCACCGUGUGGUGCCAGAGCCGCGGAAGGGGCGGUGGGUGGCUUGAGAAGGUGGAUCCGUCAUCGUCGCUGCUCCUGGCUCUCUAUGUGUUGACUUGUUGGCUGCAAACUGCGGCUGAGCAACUUAGAGCCUCCCGGUUCAACAAUGGACGGAAGUGCAGAACUGGUUGGAGGUAUCAAAGGUAUCUUCAAUUCAGAUUUUGUGUGAUAGCAGUAACCUUGGCGGGGGAAGAUUCUUGGAAUGGGUUUAAACCACCACACAUGAGUUCUCCAAUUAAUAGCCCGAGAAGCCACCAAUGUUAUUUUGUGUCAUGUAGUUGCAUCCCAUUUGUUAUUCAGUCUGCACGCUUGUUCAUGGUAUAA